CCCACACCAGACGCCAUCGCCUCAUGCAAGUACACAUUCAAACAGAAACCACAUCACUAUUAAUGCUGACUUGUUCACAUGCAAACAAGGACAGGUUUUUCUCUCUGCUGCUGAAGUGCGCCAGGAAGGUUAGCUGUUGACCCCGUUUGCUCAAGGAGAGUGUGUCUGUGCGUCAGCCUGCAGUUUACAGUAGAGUGUGAAGCUGUUGGAGCAUGUGGUCACUGGUGGUCACUCCUGACUCUGACCUCUCCCCUCCACGCUGAUCAUAUAAGGUGUAAUGGGUGUCUGAGUAAAUUCAAAUGACUCUGAAUACGUCUGAUUUGUGGAAGGGGUCCUCAGCCAACUCCUCCAUACAAUGUGGCUACAAUAUGAGCAGCUGGGAACAGCGCAUGGAGCAGAUGUACACCUACUUCUACCUGCUGCUCUUCAUACCCGGGCUGCUGCUCAACACCACUGCUCUGUGGGUUCUCUGCAGACAUAUAAGUAAGAAGACCAAGGCGGUGAUCUUCAUGAUAAACCUGGCAUUAGCAGACCUGGCCCACAUCCUCUCGCUGCCCCUCAGGAUUUAUUAUUACUUCACACACACUUGGCCUUUUGGACAAGGCAUCUGCUUGUUCUGCUUCUACCUCAAAUAUCUCAACAUGUACGCCGCUAUAGUGUUCCUGGUGUGCAUCAGCAUACAGAGGUGUGUCUUCCUGCUCGACCCGUUUGCCGCCCGCAGGUGGAGGCGGCGCUAUGACCUGUUGAUCAGCAUCAUAGUGUGGGUGGUGGUUGGUCUGGCCUGCUCACCUUUCAUUCUGAUGCGGAGCAGCAGCACCACCGAUCCCAGCAUCUUUACACAGACACAGACACAGACAGUCUAUAACUAUUCACUGAAUGCCACUUCUACCCAACAUCCCCAAAGUUACACCAAGGUCAAUCAAUUUUUGAGUACAACCCCCAGCGGUUCCAAGACAGUCUCCAAUGGAAGCUGUUUUAAGGACUUGCCCAUGCGUCGUCUGUCAGUCUCACUGGCGGUGACCAUGAUGGCUCUCGCUGAGCUGUUUGGUUUCCUGAUUCCUUUGGCCUGCAUCAGCUACAGCUCCAUCCGCAUCGCCCGGUCCCUCAACCAAAAACAAAACCAGGAUCAGCAAAACUCAACAUCACUAAACUCCUCAGCACGCAGCCGACUCCAGUCAGUCACCUCCAACGGUCAGCCAGAUAAAUAUCAUGAAAAUCAGACAAACAGUGAUAAACGGCGUGCUCUGCGGAUGGUGCUGAGCUGCUCUGCCCUCUUCUUGUUCUGCUUUGCCCCCUACCACCUCAACUUCCUGCUCUACCUGAUGGUGUCGCAGAACAUUGUGUCCAACUGUGCAACGAGCUUGGCAGUGCGUCAGUUCCACCCGGUGUCUCUGUGCAUGGCGAGCCUGAGCUGCUGCCUCAACCCUCUGCUUUACUACUUUCUGACAGCUGAGUUCAGACUGCACCUCACCAGGCGCACCUCCUCCUUCACCUCCUCGCUCCUCUCCUCCCCGAUUAGCUCCCCGACCCAGCGUCUUUCUCAACCGAGACUGAUGAGCAUGGAGAGUAGCUGCUCAGACAGGGAGUAGCAUUAAUCAGAUUUGUUUUGUCCUCAGAGAACGACAGCUUAAUGACAAACGGAUGUGUCUCCAUGAUACCAUAAGUUGAACUGACAAGAUUAGACAAGUUGGACAAUGAGAUGGUUUCACGUCAUUGACUUCACGCUUCGACUUCAGUGUAAAGAACCUCCCAGAGGACAUCAGUUAAAACAAAUAAAUCUUGACAAUAUCCAUGUGAAUAGCAUCCUAUUUUCCUGAUGUGCAUAAGCUACAGCUUGUUGUUUAACCUCAUUAAAAAUGCAACAAUUUAAAAUAAGCUACACAUAAAUAAAGCUAUAUGUAAAUGCAUGUAAAUGUAUGGUAAAUAAAAGCAAGCCUGAGCUU